AAGAUGCUGCUGCCAACUGCUGUUCUGGUCUUGGCAGUGUCUGUGUUUGCCAGAGAGAAGGACUCGUGUGACGGCCCCUGUGGGUUACGGUUCAGGCAGAGCUCACCAUGGAACGUCCGCAUCGUCGGAGGGCAGGAUGCGGCCAAGGGGGCCUGGCCCUGGGUGGUCAGCCUUCAGGUCUUCACGGCCCACAAUAACCGGAGGUAUCACGCAUGCGGAGGCACCUUGCUGAAUUCCCACUGGUUGCUCACUGCCGCUCACUGCUUCAGGGUCAACAAAGAAGUGGACAACUGGAGACUGAUUUUUGGAACCAGAGAAAUUGUGUACGGGAACGAGAAACCAGCCAGGCCGCCUCUGCAGGAGAGAUACGUGGAGAAGAUCAUCACGCAUGAGAGAUACAGCCCCCGUUCGGAGAUAAAUGACAUUGCUCUCAUGAAGAUCACCCCUCCUGUCCCAUGUGGGCCCCUCAUUGGACCUGGCUGCCUGCCCCGAUUCAGGGCAGGCCCACCCAGAGUUUCCCAGGCCUGCUGGGUGGCUGGCUGGGGAUUCCUAAAAGAGAAUGCCCGCAAGAUGUCACCUGUACUGCAGGAGGCGCGUGUGAACAUCAUCGACCUCGGCUUAUGUAACGCGACACAGUGGUACAAUGGGCGUGUUCAUUCCACCAAUGUGUGCGCAGGGUAUCCCGAAGGCCACGUUGACACCUGCCAGGGGGACAGCGGCGGGCCGCUCAUGUGCAGAGACAACACGGAAAACACCUACGUGGUCGUGGGGAUCACAAGCUGGGGGGCAGGCUGUGCCCGCGCCAAGCGCCCCGGAGUCUACACAGCCACCUGGCCUUAUCUGAACUGGAUUGCCUCCAAGAUCGGCUCUAAAGCCUUGCAGACAGCGCAGCUGCCUGGCCCUCCCGCCCCUGCUGCUCAGGCGCGCCCCCCCCGGCCCCAGGCCGCUCGCCCGCCCACUCGCCCUCCUUGGGCCUCCCAGCACGUUCCUCAGCCACUUCCCCCCCGGCCCCCGCCCUGCGCCCCCGCCCCGGCCCCGGCCCCGGCCCCGCCUGCCGCCGAACUUCCCCGAGCGCGCUCGUUUGCCCGGCGUCUGCAGCAGCUCCGGGAGGCCUUGGACGGGGGGAGCUCUUCUGGCGCGAAGGGAUCCAGUGAGGUGGGGACCACAGAUGUCCCCGAGCGGGCCGCCGCCCCCUGACCCGACUCUGUUCUCGACAGACCCAGCC